AUGACGCCCACACAGGGCCGCAAGUUCUCGACGGGCACCUCGGUGCACCGGAAGAGACAGAUGAGCACAAUGCACGAGCAGGGCAACACCUUUGGCCCAGCAUUGACGGUCAGCAGCCCUACACUGAGCCCCUCUGUCAUCCAGCUUACCUGCACUCUCUAUGUUGGAAUUUCGGCUGUCUUUGCCGAUGAUCAUACUGCUGUCGUGGCCACUGCUGUCCACGAUACCGUUUACCUCGUUGACUUCACCGUCAAGAAUGUUGUGCUUGACGAUGCCCUUCGUAUGGGGGAAGAUGCCAUUGCUGACUACGUUAUUUCUACCCUCGAAGGCUAUGAGCGGGAGAACUAUUCCAAGUUCAUCGGUGCCGGCCUUCCCACAACCCUCAAGUACAUGAGUCCUAGCCUAUGCUCGCGUCUCUGGCUCGAGCUCGAUAUCGUCCCGGUUGUCACUCGUCCCGACGAUGAGCACAAGGGGCAGAACUUUUGGGACGUCAAACGGGUUGACGAGCAGGCGGACUCGAUGGCCCGAAAGUGUAUCAUGAACUUCGGGCCGUCCCUGGUGCCUCUUCUGCAGGUCGGCUUCCGCGGUGUUGUUCAGACCGAUGCCGGGUUCCGUGUCCACCUCACCACGGUGCAGAAUCACAAGGAUACAUGCGGUUCUGCCACCUGGGAUGCCAUGAUGCACUACGCCACCAAGCUGCGAACAAACAACGUCAAGGUGGCCUUCUUCAGCAGCACCCCCCAAGGUGGUGGUGUUGCCCUAAUGCGUCACGCUCUCGGUGGCCCGCUGCGCCCCCCCGGGGAGGGUGGUGCAGAUAUUGUCAUGAUUGAUGAUCCCCAAAUGCCUGGCUUGAUCCCUUUGAUUAAGAAGAUUACACCUAAACGACCGGUGUUGUACCGCUCGCACAUCCAGAUUCGCAACGACUUGACCACGAAGGAUGGCACGCCGCAAGCUGAUAUUUGGGACUUCCUCUGGAGCAAUAUCCAACAUGCCGAUAUGUUCAUUAGCCACCCAAUACCCAAAUUUGUCCCCCACAAUGUCCCAUCGGAGAAGGUUGUUUACUUCCCCGCGACCACUGACUGGCUCGACGGCCUCAACAAGCCAUUGAACGAGUGGGACACUGGUUACUACGGCCAUAUCUACAACGCUGCCUGUCACAACCAGCCCUCUCCACCACGCGAAGGCUUUGAAAGUCAAAGGUGUUCCGAGGCCCUCCACGCCGGCUGUCCCUGUUUAUCGCCACUCUCGCUGGAGGCAUCCCUCUCCAAAGUCAAAGACAAGGUCAACGGCUUCCUAGUGGAGCCUGGCGACUGGCAAGCUGUCGCUGGCUACCUUCUUGAUCUGUUCACAGACGACGAGCUACAUCAGAAGAUGAGCCAUGCCGCAGCCACGGGUGUCAGUGAUGAAGUCGGCACGGUAGGCAAUGCACUUGGUUGGUACUACCUAGCGUCCAAAUGGGCCGAGGUUGGCGUUAGGCCCGGCCUACGAGGAGAUAGAAAAUGGGUUAAUGACAUGGCUCGCGAUGAAGCUGGCAAGCCGUACGCCGAUGGCGAGAACCGUUUGCCUCGGCAUUUCACCCAGGAGCCGAAUCUGCCAAGUGUGGAAGGGGAAUCUGUUCAGGCUUGA